ACGCAGCGUGUGAAACGGUGCUGUUUGUGACCUCGCACGAGCCCACGUUCGAGUGCCUAAGAGAGUCGCGCGUGAGCAUGGCUGUGCCCAGACCCAACCCCUCACACUCUACGCCAUUGUCUGAGUGUGAUACGAACACUACCUAUACGCUGGUGGUGUGGGCGCCCAGUGUGGAGUCAGACAGCGCGGAGGUGUCUGAUACCGAAGAAGAGAAGGAGGAGCCUUCCCCGCUGCAGGCAGCCUCGCCGGACCGCAAAGGGCCACGCACCAGCUCCGCGUUACCCGCAACCAUAAGAAUCAGAAAACCACAGAUCAUCCCAGUAGGCCACGGUGUAGUGCCUCCUGUCACAUACAUACCCAGCCCACCAGACAACCUCGAGCGGUUCUUGGGCAGCUCCGUUGAAAUACCAACCAAGGCUCAAGCACCUUCCCGUUCUCGGCCAAAGCGUCUGACUACGCUUCCCGCUGGACACACGCAUGUGGCUCAAGAGCGCAUGCAGGACACGAGUACUAUAGCUGAGGCUAGUUCAACCCGGACACUCGCCAUCCCCCACAGCGCCUCGCAACUGACGUAUCCACUACCACAGGAGCCUAUACUGGCGCAUACUCCGACCUAUGGCAUUGCAGAGACAAGGUCUUACACUCACACUAACACAGCCGCAAGGGGCGGGCACGCCCACACAUACGAUGCCACACACGCCCACGCCCACGCCCACGCACACGCACACGGAUCAUCAAUCAGUGCAAACGCGGGUGUGGCGAGUGUCACGGCAUUGGGUGUAGCCAUCGACCGGCUGCACACAACCACACCUCUCCACACCCACGAGACACGGUCACCCACACCUACACUCGCACAGCCCGAGCGCCAGGGGCUGACUGUGGCGAUACCUACAUCACCCAGACGAACGGCACAGUUGGGUGUAGAGGGGACAGGACCACCGCGCACGACCUCGCCCAUGAGCGACAGACUGCAGUCCAGGGCCAUUAAUGUGCCGUCACCGGUGGCUGCGGCGUCCUCAGAUGAGAACGUAGCGGAUAUUACAGAGCGUCUCAACAACCGCUACGACAGCGAUUACGGCUCGUUUAACACAUUCUUUGGCAUGGGCAAGGCCAUGGACACCGAGACCGGUCUGGCUUAUAUCAGUGAACGGGAGGCGAUGCGAAUCCCGCCGCAAGCGUUUGGCGGGAGUGUGCAACCAGAAGGAUUUUUCACAGGCAGUUUGCUGUCUCAGUCGCCCGAGUGCCUCAGCGAACACCCCGCGAGUGCGGCUACCAGCACCCUGGACCUGCAGUACGCAUUCCUCGUCACUAGCACCAACCACGAUCCAGCUGUCUCACACGAAGACGCUGCCGAUGUGCAGAGGCGCAUGCCCACGCGACGCGAUAUACACAGAAAUAUGCGCGGGCGUCUGGAAAGCCUCGUGCACACGGCCACCGAAGACUGCAAACGCGAUGUGCUGUGGGACGCAUUUGUACAGCCAAUCACUGGUAAAACCGUGCCGGAGCUACAAGUGACCAUCGGCGAUUUGAUGCAGCUGCAGAAGCUAGUGCACACCCGAGUGCUCUCAGAGGAGAAGCCCGUUCUCAAGGAGCUACUGCGUACCAAUGUUAGCUGGAAUGACGUAACCAAGUACAUCCGCCGGGCUACCGACUCCCAGAUACUCAUCUUCUAUUCCGACGGCAAGCGCAAGAAGUCCACCUCCACCCUCAACACCAACCCCGCCUCUCGGCAGUCCUCUAGCACAAACAGCAUAGCCGCUACUGCCGUGAACAUUUUCCAGAGCGCCCUCAGCAAUAUGAGUGCACACAGCAGCAACACGUUCAUUAGCACAGGCACAAACAACAGUACGGGCUGGGGCCUGGGCACGAGUACGCGCAGGCAAGUGCCAAGCGAAGGGGUGGUGGUGAGUGGCUCCAGUCGCAGUGACAGUACCAACACGAUCGGAAGCACAGGCGGCAGCUGGGUGCUGGAGACAGACGUCGCCACGGCCAACGACUCACAGACGUGGUUGGGCUCUGAUAACAAUUCGUCGUGCACUCUAGAUCUGGAUCAGCCUGACGGUUAUAGUGAGAGUGGGUCAUUGCAGGGUGUGGGUGUGUCAGAUGUUACGAAUGUUGUUGUACUCCACCCCACGAACCGAGACGUCAUGCUGCAUUUGGACCUGCACCCUGAGACUGCUGGCAUCGCUUCAGAAGCAUGCCACCCCGAGUUACUGUUGCACACACGCGAGAACGAAAUGUGCGACGAGAAGAUGGCGCUACGACUGGAGGCCAUUGACGAACUCGCCGCCGCAGUUGUGAAUUCAAUGUGUACCUAUGUGUGGUCGCAGAUGAUGUAGGCCAGCAGACAAAUGGCAAUAAAGUUUUUUACAUUUAGCGUACAUGCGGUGAGGCGUAGACCUGCUGUUCGGUACCAAUAAUUGUUCG